CAGCGCUGCCCGGAGCCCGCCAGCCGCCGCUCGGCCCCAGCCCGUCUCCCGCUCACCGAGUCCCCGGGGCGCAGGGCCGCGCGUCCAGCCCGGGCGCGCUGGGGUCCCCGGGGCCCGGCUAGCUCGGCCAGCUCGGCCAGGGCGCGACGAUGGAGGAGCAGCAGCGCACCCGCUCGCACACCGUCAACACCACCACCAGCUCCUUCGCAGAGAACUUCUCCACCACCAGCAGCAGCUUCGCCUACGACCGCGAGUUCCUCCGCACGCUGCCGGGGCUGCUUAUCGUGGCCGAGAUCGUGCUGGGAUUGCUGGUAUGGACACUGAUUGCUGGAACCGAGUACUUCCGGGUCCCUGCAUUUGGCUGGGUCAUGUUCGUAGCUGUAUUUUACUGGGUCCUCACCGUCUUCUUCCUCAUCAUCUACAUAACAAUGACCUACACCCGGAUUCCCCAAGUGCCCUGGACAACAGUGGGAUCAAAAAGAAGAGCUGCGGCUCCUUACUCCCUCCAAAAGGAGCAGCCGGCCACCUCCUCUGGGAUCCUGUGUUAUCCCAGAAGCUCUGUCUUCGCCAGUGCCCAGACAUUUCCAGGAACUGUCGUUUGUGCUCGGGGAGCUUUGAGGCCUUUCAGCUUGAGCAGCCGCAAAUUGAGGGCCUACUCCUCUUCCUCCCAUGCCAGUGAACCUCGGGCCUGUGCUUCAACGGCAGUGCCUUCGUCUUAUACCUCUCAGCUGCUGUUGUGGAUGCUACUUCUGUCUCCCCGGAAAGGGACAGUCACAACUUCAACAGCUGGGCUGCCUCCUCGUUCUUUGCCUUCCUGGUCACCAUCUGCUACGCUGGAAACACAUAUUUCAGUUUUAUAGCAUGGAGAUCCAGGACCAUACAAUGAUUUACCAUUUUGAUAAUUAAAAGGAAAAAAAAAAAAACCCCAGGAAGAAUCUCACUGUAAAAACAGCUGUAGGUAUAAUGUAUAUUUCCAGACAAUUGUAUUUAACUAAUGUUUUUAUAUAUGUAGUUAAAUUGGCUCACUGUGGUUUGUUACAAUUAAACUGAAUACUUAUUUGCAAA